AUGUUCAAGGUCGGACCAGAUGGGUCCGCGAUAACGUACCACAUUCCAAUUAGCCCCUUCGUGCCACUGCAGCACAACAAGAUUGACGUGUCGACGGUAAACCGUCUGGCGAAUUUUGGUCUGCGUUUCGCGAUGGAGCACGGCUGGUGCCACCACCGCGUGGAGGGGCCCGCGGCGUCUCACGUCAGUGAGGCUGUUGACGAGGGGUACGUUGACCACGGCGAGGACGUUACCGUUUUCUACGCCGGCGUUGACGCAGAACUCAUUGAUGAUUUUCCGCAGUUCGACGGCGAGAUCACACCCGCCUCCAUGUUUUUCUGGGGCCAGUUCUGGGUGUCCUUCGUUGGCACCAGCAGCUACGGCAUCUACGGCGAGCUCUACCAUUACGAGACGGAUGAUGAGGGAAAGAAGGUCCCGUUUGGCGUGUUCAAACUGACGGGUGUCACGGUGUCAAAAACACUGCGGAAACCCGUGCCCAUUCCGAAGGAACGGGCCAACGUUUUAAACGAGACGAUGCAGCGACAUCAAAAGAAGACAUCACUGCCUAAAGCGGAGCGCAUCAACGUGGCGGAGGCCUUGCGAUACGCUGCGCUUUUCACCGAUGCCUCGUGCGCCCACGCCGUGGAAAGGCUGCCUACGCACGCUUCCGUGGCGCCGUUGACGGUCGCCUACCGUCGCGAAUUUAAACUUCGUCAGUCUGAUAUUGAUUUUAACAGGCAUGUGAACCAAAUGGCCAUGAUUCAGUUCGUGAUUAAUGCUUUUCGAUCAGCUCUCGAAGAUCAAACCACCGUGUUCCCUCGUCUGCUGGAUGCAGGCGUAGAACCUAUUAUUGGUGAUUUGCUCCUUCGACGGCUCCGCAUCGACUACAUUCGAGAAAUUCCGCUAGAUCACAUUGGUUCUACGGUUACCUUGUUCUUCCACGAUGACAUGGCAAGAGACACCCUUGUUUCGUCCACAAAAGGUAAUCGGCAGAACAAAGUGGUGCCUUUGUGGUUUAUUGCCCACGGCGUACCAAAGAAUGGCGGUAGCCCAUUCAUUGCUGUUGUUGGGUAUCUUUGCGUUUCUUGCUAG